AGCACCUGUCAGUAAGCCGCGGCAACAUGGACAUGAGCUGUCAAAAUACCGAGUUGGAUCCAAAAUAUUUACUUGAGCAAUUGAAAACAGCCAGGAAAGAGAUUAAUAAUUUGAGACAACAGAUAAAGAGUCUCCGAUAUAUCCACGAGAAAGAUGUGGACAAUAUAAAACGUCUUUUGGGAUUAUGUGCUGACGGUGUAUCCGUUUCGGCAAAUGUAUCUGCAAGUGCGGUACAACCUAGUACAAGUAGCGAUACAAACGAUAUCUUGAAAUUGAAACCAAUUGGUUUGAUAUCAACAUGGUUUCCUAGUAAACGAGGAACUCCUCGACAACCAACGAUUUGCUAUAAAACACCUGGAAAAUUGACACUUUUCAAUUCCAUACUUACAAAUCCUGAACACGCUUUAGAAGGAUUACAAGAUUUUUCGCAUAUAUGGAUACUUUUUCAUUUUCAUAGAAACGAUUCCAAUCGUGUCUGUGCAAAGGUUACUCCACCCAGAUUAAACGGCGUAAGAACUGGGGUAUUUUCAACUAGAUCUCCGCACCGGCCGUGCCCGAUUGGUUUAAGUCUCGUAAAAAUAAUAAAAAUCGAAAACUACACGAUCCAUUUCGAAGGAGUGGACAUGGUAGAUCAAACACCCGUUCUGGACAUUAAACCGUACAUACCGCAGUACGAUAACCCUGCAGGAAUCGAGGAAUUCAAUAACAGACUGCCGAAGUUUGAAUUAAAAAAUGGUGAUAUCUCCGAAGCCAUUGGUCAGAGGUUAGGAGAAGGAGCUGAAUUAGGCUUAAAUACAAAUCGAAGAGUGAAUUCAUGCGAUGGCCCUUAUGACAAUGUCGAACAACCCAGGGAUCCGCUCGAAGUGACAAUUUAUGCAAAUGGAUCCAACGAAGCUUCGCAAACAACAGAUAUUUCCAGGGACGAGGAGAUCGCGUUACGGUUGCAAACGGAGGAGUUCGAGGGCAGUCCCACGUUCGAUACUUACGACGGUUCAAGGAAUUAUUAUCAUACAUCCGAAUUGACUUAUGAUAACGGUGCUAUUUUUGAUGACGACGGCGAAAUGCGAUCCACGCGCAGGAGCUCGGAAUCAUACGAAAGAUCCAAUAUCCCAAACAUGAAUUUCGGUGCUCCAAACAGACGGAACAUCUUAACUUCCGAUAACGUCAUAGAAAAUCUCAGACAGGAUCCGCAAUUAUUGGUCACCGACUCCAGAAACGUGAUGCGCAACAACAGAAAUUCGGAUCCUCAAGUCGACCGUGUCAGAGGCAUGGGCAACUCGCUUCAGGCGCUCAAUUUAGGGUCUCGAGAGAACAACGAGUCGUCUCGCAUCGUAGAUGCGGAUGUUCAACACGCGGAAGACGGGACAUCCCGCAAUUCCAGACUUCUUGACGGAGCCGACGGGCCGAAUACGGUUUGCGGAACGGACUUGGAUUUAAUUCAGAGGCGAGUUCUGAGCUCCCGACUCGACAAUUCUCCGGUCAGGAUGGGCAUCCGCGAGGCACCGGAUGGCGAAGAGGGUCUUGCCUCGCAGACUCUGACUCCUUCUCAAACCGUACCAAAUAUUCGAAGCAUGGCCACGACGUUGGAUGGCAACUCGUCGGGCAGUCCAACCGCGGACAUAAACGUUGGCUCCGAGCUGAGGAGCUCUCAGAACCCAAGAGACUUUGGUUCGUUCGACGUAAGAGUUCCAGAUUGGAUAUCGAGGCCUCAAGUGGCCACUUUGUCCGUCAUAUUUAACGACAGGGCGUUGCUUCAAUUGAACGAAAUUCUAGACGACAAAGCGGACGAACAAAAGCGGGCCAUUGAAAACGUUCUGCGCGAGGACCCAAGAUCGGUGUACUUAAGGCAAAGGUGGGGUAAUCAAUUUUACACGUUUUUAAUUCACGACCUACAUAUCAGCUGUAGGUUCGACGAUAACAGAGGGAUAGUCACGGUAUUUCAGAUUCGACACGCUGGACGUACCUGUGAAUGCGGCGAGCCGGAAUGGCAGUGUCUUGGACACUCUCCAUUGUCGUAAUUCAUUUUCUAGUCUAAUUUAACACCCACUUUACCUUGAUCUACCUACCGUCAAUGUAACGGCGAUGCGACGAACGGCGCCUCCAGUAAUUUUUCAUUACAUUAUGUACAUUGAUUGCACACGUUAGUUGAUGCGUAUUAAGCAUUCUUAUACUUACGUACUCUUAUGUACAAACUUAAUUCUUCGUAAGAACAAACUCAAACUCGAAUUUAGCGCAACGUAGAAGUUCCUAUGUAUUAAGAUGGCAUCAUCGUAGUAAGCGACGUAAAACGAUUACAUUAUAUUCGUAUACAUAUGUCUCUACGAUGAAUAGCAAUAAACUAUAAUUUAAACAUG